AAAACUCUCCCCUACAAAAUAACCUCCGUCUACAAAUUCUGAAACCAUAACCUCACUCCGAGAACACGAAGAACACGAUCUCCCCUUUUCUCCCCCAAAUCCUCAAAUCCCUACUUCAUACUCUUCAAACCAAAUUUACAGCACUCAAAAACCCUAAAUCAAACCCUAAAUCAAAUUUGAAGGUUAGUUUGGUACUUCCGCCAGAUCCCUUUCUCUCUCCUCAAAUUCACUUCUUACAGCAUUGCUUAAAUUCACCAUUCCCCCAAAAAUAUUGAAUGAACUUCGUUAACUUUAUAUAUUAAUAUAGUGUGAAUUUGAUGAUAAAUACUCGGAACUAAGGGUUUAAAGAUUGAAUUUUUCUAGGUUUUUUUUUUUUGAUGAAUUUGUUGAUUAAUCGUGAUAUGGAUGACCUAGAGAGAGCGAUUUUGAUUAGUUUUGAUGAAUCUGGGACUAUUGAUUCCGUGUUAAAGUCGCAAGCAAUCGAGUAUUGCCAACAAAUUAAGGAAACCCCGACAAUUUGUAGCAUUUGUGUUGAGCGUUUGUUUACCAGUAAAUUAGUGCAAGUUCAGUUCUGGUGCUUGCAAUGCUUGCACGACGCAGUUCGAGUUCGUUAUUCGUCAUCGAUGGGCAUAGAAGAAAAGGAAUUCAUUCGAAAAUCUGUGUUCGCCAUGGCUUGUUAUGAGGGAGUUGAUGACAGUAACAAUGCAGUUGUUAGGGUUUUAGAUAGCCCUGCUUUUAUUAAGAAUAAGCUUGCACAGGUUUUGGUUACUUUGAUUUAUUUCGAAUACCCGUCAAUAUGGUCUUCUGUGUUUGUGGAUUUCUUGCCUCAUUUGAAUCGGGGGGCAGUGGUUAUAGAUAUGUUCUGUAGGUUGUUGAUUGCUUUAGAUGAUGAAUUGAUUAGUUUAGACUAUCCUCGCAAUGCUGAUGAUGUGGCGGUUGCUGGUCGAGUUAAGGAUGCCAUGAGACAGCAAUGUGUCCCUCAGAUAGUUAGAUUGUGGUAUGACAUUGUUACAGCUUAUAAGAACUCAGAUUCCGAGAUUUGUGCAAGCGUUUUGGAUUCGAUGAGGAGAUACAUUUCCUGGAUAGAUAUAAGUUUGAUUGCUAAUGACGUGUUUAUACCACUGUUGUUUGAGUUACUCUUGGUUGAAGGUUUGCCUGAGCAGCUUAGGAGUGCUUCCGCGGGUUGUGUGUUGGCUGUGGUAAUGAAGCGAAUGGAUUCACAAGUGAAACUUACACUGUUAAAGAGUCUGCAAAUCAAUCGUGUAUUUGGUUUGAUUAGUGAUGAAACUGAUACUGAGUUGGUCUCUAGCAUUGCCAGCUUGCUCACUGGAUAUGCAACUGAGAUUUUGGAAUGUGCAAAGAGGUUAAGCUCCGAGGAAGGUAAGCGAGUUUCCUCCGAGCUUCUAGAAGAGGUUUUGCCGUCUGUUUUCUAUGUAAUGCAAAGUUGUGAGGUAGAUGCUACGUUUAGUACAGUGCAGUUCCUUUCUAGUUAUGUAGCUACCAUGAAGAAUCUAUCUCCACUUACUGAAAAACAGCUGGUUCAUGUGCGUCAGAUUUUAGAAGUGAUCAGGGCACAGAUAUGCUAUGAUCCCAUUUACCGUGAUCACCUUGAUGUACUGGAUAAAAUAGGGAUUGAAGAAGAGGACAGGAUGCUUGAAUAUAGAAAAGACUUUCUUGUUUUGCUCCGUAGUGUGGGGCGUGUAGCACCUGAUUUGACUCAAUUAUUUAUCCAAAAUUCACUUGGUAGUGCGGUUGCAUCUUCUUCUGAGAGGAAUGUUGAGGAGGUAGAAGCUGCACUUUCGCUCUUGUAUGCGCUUGGGGAAUCAUUGAGUGAUGAGGCAAUGAGAACAGGGAGUAGGCUUUUAGGAGAGUUAGUGACCAUGCUUUUAUCAACAAGGUUCCCAUGCCACUCUAAUAGGCUUGUUGCUCUUACAUAUUUGGAGACAAUUACAAGGUACAUGAAGUAUGUUCAGGAGAAUGCUCAGUGUAUACCCAUGGCCCUGGCAGCUUUUCUUGACGAAAGAGGUAUACACCACCCUAAUAUCAAUGUCAGUCGGAGGGCAAGUUAUCUCUUUAUGAGACUUGUGAAAUUGCUUAGAUCAAAGCUGGUGCCUUAUAUUGAGACAAUUUUACAGAGUUUACAAGACGUCGUUGCUCGAUUUACCAGCAUGGACUUUGCAGCUAAACAGAUGAUUGGAGCUGAAGAUGGAAGUCACAUUUUUGAGGCGAUUGGUAUUCUGAUUGGGAUGGAAAGUGUGCCGCUUGAGAAGCAAACUGAUUAUCUCUCCUCGUUACUCACACCUCUAUGUCAGCAGGUGGAGGCAUUGCUCAGGAGUGGGAAAAUACAAAAUCCAGAAGGUUCUCCGGCAACUGUUUUAAUCAUUCAGCAAAUCAUUAUGGCAAUUAAUGCACUCAGCAAGGGUUUUAAUGAACAUCUUGUAACUGCCAGCCGUCCAGCCAUCGGUCUCAUGUUUAAGCAGACGUUAGAUGUUUUACUUCAAAUCCUCGUUGUCUAUCCAAAAGUGGAGUCCUUGCGCAGUAAGGUCACAUCGUUUGUCCACCGCAUGGUUGAAACUUUGGGUGUAUCUGUAUUUCCUUACUUGCCAAAGGCAGUGGAACAGUUGCUUGCAGAUAUUGAGCCAAAAGAGUUGGUUGGAGUUCUUGUGUUACUUAAUCAACUUAUUUGCAAAUUCAGCACCUCAGUUCAUGACAUAGUGGAUGAAGUAUUUCCUGCUAUUGCUAGUAGGGUAUUUUCUGUUCUUCCACAGGAUGCAAUUCCUUGUGGACCAGGGGGCAUCACAGAGGAAAUUCGUGAGCUUCAGGAACUUCAGCGUACAUUUUUCAUAUUUCUCAAUGCCAUAGCCACACAUGACUUGUCUUCAGUUUUCAUCUCUCCUAAAUGCCGUGCUUACCUCGAUCGAAUAAUGCAGCUGCUAUUGUAUUCAUGUUGUAACCAUAAGGAUAUUACUGUGAGGAAGGUAUGUGUGCAGAUAUUUAUCAGACUAAUCAAAGACUGGUGCACUGGUCAAUAUGGAGAAGAGAAGGUACCCGGGUUUCAGAGUUUUAUACUUGAAACCUUUGCUGCAAAUUGUUGUCUGUACAGCGUGCUGGACAAGUCUUUUGAGUUUCGGGAUGCAAAUUCUCAUGCAUUGUUUGGAGAAAUAAUGACGGCUCAGAAGGUCAUGUAUGAGAAAUUUGGUGAGAACUUUCUUGCCAAUUUUGUAUCCAAGGGUUUUCUCGCUGCAAACUGUUCCCAAAAUUUGGCUGAGCAGUAUCGUCAGAAAUUGCAGAGCAAUGACACCAAAGCUCUUAAAUCGUUCUACCAGUCCCUCGUAGAAAAUCUAAGACAGCAACAGAAUGGAAGCCUCGUUUUCAGAUAGCACUUUCAAAGGAUAUAUGACUAUCGAUGUUCCAUAUUUCAUUGUCGUUUAUUAUGGCUCUACUUUUUUUUUUCCCGUACAGGUUUUGUCCUCCGCUGUAAAUAUUUAUUGCGUUACUUCACUGGUCCGUGAGGUGUAAAUUCUGGGAAGCAGUUUUGUGGUUCUAAAAUGGAAAUCUGAAAGCACUUUUGUCAUGGUAAGUGAAAGUGGCAAUUUGUGUCCAAGAUGUUGUGCCAUUUGGGAAUUGAAAGAAAUAGAACAGAAAAUGAAAAAAAAACACAUGCGGUGAAUUUCAGGUUUAGUUAUGGGGUAGAACUUAGAAGGCAUAUUCUUUGAAUUUGUGGGAUAUUUGAUCCCAUAAAAAUUUUGGUUUGUAAGUAACUUUACUAGACUUGAAUGUAAUCUUACUCUUAUUCUAAUUUACAUAGUUAGGUGACUAUCAGUAUGGAUUAGCCGUUAGCUGUUAGCCCCUCUCCCCUCCCCAAACGGAAUGGGGCGUCAGGUUCUUACACCCGACCUUUCCUGUAUAGCUGGCGCCCGUCAUGCCAAGACCGAAAGUAGUUACCAGUCUUUCUUAUACGAGCUUGUUUUUUGGAGUAUUUACUUGAAAUUACAAUUUAUGAGCGUAGUUUGUUUAA